UUACAUUCAUAUUAUUUUAUUAUUUCCCUUCUACGUGACUUUACCAAAAAGAACCAAGAAUACAUAUACAUCGUCUGCUUCUCAUCACAAACUGGAUCGAUUCCUCCAGGAAUCGAUGUAGUGCGACGAUCGCAAGAAUCGAUUCGACCGCUCGCUGAUGACGUCAGCGCGGCUUCCGCCACGUGCUCCUCCGCAGCGGUGGCUCGGAGCUUGUACAGUAACGUGGACAGUACAAGACGCGUGGUCGGUGUAACUCUGUAGGGUGAUCUCAGUCCUUCCUAUCUUCACUUCUAAGCUCCUCUGUGCGCCUUGCCUCGAGACCCGCGUGUCCUCUACGGCCGACCGCGGGGAGGAGCCGGAACCCAGGAGGAGGUGAAGAUGGACAUCGGUGCCCCCGUCAGAGGAAGGACAAAGCUGGAGGAGAUCCUUGCAGCAGGUCCCCUGGUGUUCUGCAGUAAAGUGGCCAUACUGCAGGGCGGGCUGCUGCUGGCCGAGAGGCAGCUGAGGCCAAAGCGUCUUGAAGAGAUGGACAAGGCCGACUGGAGCACCAUCCGCGACGCCAUGCAGGGCAUCGCCAAUGAAGUCUGCUCCUCUCCGGAGCACUCCGACAUCAAGAAGAUCCAUUGGAAGAAAAAGAUCUUGGCUCUGCUGUGGAUGAAGAUGCUCCGGAUGUCCUCGCACUGCAAAACACACAAUGACGGUCUCCAACUCGAUGACGAUGACGAUGAUUCUGAGAGCGAUCUGUUUUUCCCCAUAAAUCACAUGAUGCCCUUGAUAAAUCGGACGUUUCUGUUUGAGCUGGUGAAAGACCUUCAGGCUGCAGCUGAAUUCGCCCAGCUUAUGAAUCUCCUGCCGGCUGACGUGUGCGCUCACGAGACGAAGCAUUUUGUAGCCCAUGUUCUCAAGGACGCAGCGGAGGCAGACGUCGCAUUGCUGCUUGAUGUGUGGAGAGGCAUUCUUCUGCACGCGGGUUGCAAGAAGCCCGAGGGGGAGCUGGAGAAAGCAUUUCAAGACAACCUGAAACCAGCGAGCCCUGAAUCGGUAGACAUCUGUCCAGCUGCCAAACGGCCUAAAAAGGACAAUGAUUGUGGUGUAGUGUUGGAGAAAGAUGUAGGAGCGUCUUCUGUUGCAUUAGUGUCAAAACCCAUCGCUUCUAACUCUAAUGAUAUUCCAGCAUAUUUUAUAGAAAGCCUCUUUAAAAUUGCAGGGAAGAUCAUCGCACCGGUCCACAGAUACGAGGCUCUCGCAAAUUUCGCCGAUACAUUAUUUAAGUCUGCCUUGCACCAAAAGGGUCUUGACCUGUGUGGUUUGCCGGUCGAAGAGUACGUGGACAAAGUCGGCGUGCUGCUGCAUCUCAGAGGUUUCAAAAUGAGCAGAGACCAUAACAGCACGGUGGAACAGGUCCGGGAAGUCGAGAAUGAGGUCUAUAACAACCAUUCUGGUGGGGUGCUGAGACUGGAUGUGUGCCAGCUUGACCGUUACUUUAAGUCUUUUUGCGAACUUCUGGAGGCCUGGAAGGAGGGACUCUGUGCAAUACAAGAGGACCAGCCUGUAGCCAGUCGGGCAGCUGUUGAGUCAUACCGUAUGGUGGACAGUUUGAGGCGCCUGUGUUCAGUCAUGUCGCUAAACGAGAGUGUUUCUGAAGAUCCGGUGACCACAAGUGACGUGAUCUCUUUCGAGACAUUGCCUCUGAGCGGCAUUCUUGCUCGGCUUGAGCCCACGCAUACGUGGCAAGUCCCCGACAACGUGCAGCUGCUUGUCGCCACGUGCAUGGUCGACAGGAAGAUGCGCAGGCACCAGGACGUCUGCGAGUUGAUGAUCGCUCGCGUCGACUGGGCAAUCAAAGAAGAACGGUGGAUGCAGUGCUUGAAAAAAAACAUUUCACGACUGAACACGCCACAACUCGUCUUGGCUUUGGCGAAAACCUUCGCCAAAGUCAUUGCGCAGCUCAAGGGAGGGCUCGCGAGCGAGAGCUUGCUGCUGCUGAAAGCAAAGAGGCUGAAGGAGUUGCUCCUGAGUACUUUUUCCGCACUGGCCCCAGCGGGACGUAACGAAGUCCUGCGCACGGUGGUGGAGGAGACGGGCGGUGACGGUUUGGGAGUUGAGCGGUUGGACGCUUUGGCAGAGGACUUUGCCAUGGACAUGAACCUGGUGUUCAACUGCAUCACGGACACGAGCUCUGGAGACGGACUUUCACGAGCCAUUUGCACCGUGGGUACGGCCGCCCUCCUGGCUCCACGUGCCACCGUCAAUGAGAUUUGUCGUCAGGCCGUAACGAAUGUCGGAGCACCCUCGAUUAUGGCGCAAGUUCUGCUGGGACUUCCUGCUUUGGCUGUGCCUGUUAAAAACUCCAGAGGGGACAGUCUCAGCAUGCUUUUGGACUGUCUCUCGACUCGAACGUUAGGGCAGCUCUCGACUGAAAAGGAAGAGCGACAGUUUGUGGAGUUUUUGCGCGCCCUCACGCUUUCACCACAACAGUCCAGUGAUCCACUGAUUUCUCCAGCUGAAAUUCUCAAUACCUUUGUCCUCCCGUAUUUGCAGGAGCAGGGCAGCAUUUUGGAAUUCGCUCUUAAUAUCUUUAGCCAAAUUUUGAAUAUUGAAGGGGUCACUAAAAGUGACCAGAAAAUUGAGCCAUUGGCUCUUGGUGGUGGUGGUCGUGAUGAUACCGAAACGAUUACCAAUGUCCAGCAAACUGUAAUUCCCUCUAGUGUUGUAUCAAGCAGUCAGUUUUCUGAGUUACCUGUCAAUGCUGCCCACCCGCAGACAAAAUCCUGUGUCCAGCACUGGCUGAUGGACUGCUCGCCAUUCCCAAUCAUUACGUGUCUCAGCCAGCAGCUGGAACGCCGCAAGGUUUGCCGUUGCCCCGAUGGCUUGCAGACGGGCGAAGGUGAGCAUGCGGCGAUGGAGAUAAAAAGCCAGCUCAUGGAGGUGCUGGCUCAGGUUUGUGCGAUCGUGCAGAAUGCCAUGAGUGUGGAGACCACGGACUGGGUGCGCUCUGUGGACUGGCUGGAACACAGCGUUGCUUCGAUGGAUUGGUCCGUUCGCUUGCACCUGCUGCCCAUCCUGUCCCCGCAGCGCAAGGCGUGCGCUCCAGAAGUCCUAUUCGGCGUGUGCAAGCUUCCCGAUGGUCAGUGGGAGCGAUGCCGCAGCGAAGACUCAUCGGCGUACGGCCCGGGAACGGGCCUGCUGGCCUGGAUCGAGUGCUGCCGUGUAAGCGACGGGCUCGCCGAACAGAUGAUCAAAUGCCUGCACGUCGACCAGACGCAGCCUGAGGAUGUGAACCUGUUCAGCAAGGGCUUUCUGCUGGUCGUGACGCAGAUCCUGCCCGAGUGCACGCUCACCGAGUGGCGGCGCGUGGUGAGGGUGAUGUGCCGCCUGCUCGAAGCCAGGGUCCUCCACGUCCCCGUCACGCUGGAGUACGUGCAGUUCCUGCCGCUGACCGACCUGCGACCCUUCUCGGUGGCGCUGCGGGUCUCUCAGCUCCUGCUGCGUGUCUUCCAGCUGCUGUGCGGCUCGAGCUGCGCCGGGUGGCUCUCCCACGCCGGCUGGGCACACGCUGUGAGCCUGGCUGCCAGCACCUUCGUGGACAUGAUGCGAGAGUUUGGAACACGGAGGAGUAACGCCGCCCCGAGAGGCAAAGCGAAGCACGCCGAACGCGCAGCGGCAAACGACCUAUCCAUGGCAGUGCCUGCCGAACAGAAGAUUGGGCAGAAGAAAGCCAAAGGGAAAGUGAAAGUUGAAGUCGACGCGAAAAGUAAAGACGGUAAAGCACAAGGCAGAGUCUCUGUGGAAACAGAAACCUGUGAAGGUGUUGCUGGAGUGUCCGCACCGGAGGGAAUCGGCUUCGCUGCCUGUCAGCUCUUCUGCCAUGCGCUGCACAUCAUGGCCAUGGUGAAGAUUGACCACUGCGAGUCGCUGUUCUUAGCCGCCCUGGAGAUUUUGUCCACAGUCGCGGGGGCACGCGGGGCAGCCGAUAGCUCGUGCAGUAUCCUGGAGCAAGCCAACCAGAAGCAAUUCCUGGAAGCCAUCGCAGAGAACGCAGCUGUCCCAGAGCACCGUGCCACCCUGCUGCAGAAGAUCUCCCAGCUUUGAGUUACCAAGUUCCGCACUUGCAGCGUUUGUUGCAACAACAAAAAAACACUUCCCUUCGUUAGUCCUCUGCCCAAGGACAGGUCUUGAGCUUGUGUCAUUUCUUCCUUCAAGUUGCCAAGCAGGAUUCCUUUUCUGCCUCGUGGUUUCUUUCCCAACAUUGUUGCUUCGGGAAGAUUCCUUCAUUGAGCUUCACCACUAAGAAUGUGCCCAUCUCUUGCAUUUCCUGAAUGGUUGUAAUUCUCAACCGCCUGCUCUAGAUUAACCUAAUUUACUAUUUCUUCUUGCUGGAACCCUAAACAGAAAUGUAAACAUUGAUACGUAUUGUAUAAAAGCAGUAAGUUUUGUAUAUUGUACUUUGAUUUGUUAUUGUGCAAAGAGGUUUGUGUUUGUACAUUUUUAAACCGCAGUUCCUGAAGUGAAGUAUCUGUUUAAAGGUUUUUUUUUCAAACGUGGAUUACAAAUCUGUUUUAAUUUGCCUUAUUUUCUCUACACACCAUGUUUUGCAGUUGUACAUUUUGUAGUUAACAAAAAAUAAACGCCUCACCUGCCUGUUGCACUCGUGCAAGUAUUUUGAGCUUGCGGCACUUGGAGGCGUCACCUCCAAUCGUAACGUAGCACCAAGGAAUCUGCGCGGCACGGCUUGGGAUGUUUUUGCCGCUACUCUUAGGGUAUUCGAUUCGUUCAUUUGGUUCGCCCGUUGAAGCCUUUGCCACGUUACACUGCAUCUUAGGAAUCCUAAGCAUGGUCUGGUUUGACUUGGGCAGAUUUCAGUGGAGCGACCAGUGCUUGAAUACACUGAAAUUGUUUUCUUAAGCCAUUAUCAGGAGUCGUAUUAUUAACACGUUCCUGCCUUAGCACUUGCAUCGGGGCUGGCUUUCUGCUGGACGCAUGUCGUGCUAAACGCCUCCCGAACACGGCAAGGGACGGACGCCGUGUUUCAUCCCCAAUAUGUAACGGGAAACUUCUCCUCCCUGUUUCCUACAGCCAAACCUUUUUUGUAAUCGCUAUUUCAAAACUUUUUUUUUAGUCGCUAUUUCAUUUUGUUUGCACUUGUGCUUGCAAAUACAGCUUUUGCGUGUCUCAGUUCAUGUAGACGUGAAGAGCUUCCCUUUGAUAUAAACAUUAUACUUUGUAUAUCCUGUGCAGAUGAAGAAGAGGUGCAGCAUUCAUGUGACAGCUGGCAGGUUGUUCUUAGGACAAUCGCUGUUUAAUUAAAUAGUGCUUACCUAUGCCCGUGUUGGCAGCCAGCCUUCGUGUCUAAAGGCCAAACGAGGUGAAAGCCAAAACAUUAGAAGUGGAUGUUGUGCCGUGACUGCCACGCUGCACGGGACCAAAGGGCAAUGCGAUGUGGA